AUGCACGCAAUUGAUUUAUUUUAUCCUUCGAAACGGGUAACACGUAGCGUCACUCAAAAAAAAGUUACACUUCUUACGUCACGGACGGAUAAAGCGCGCCGGGUGGGGGGCGGGGGGCCGCGGCCGCCGGAGCUGCCGGCCGGCGACACGCGGGAGCUGCUGGAGGAGGUGGAGAUGCAGAUCGGCGACGCCGCCUUCUCGCUGGCGAAGAUCCUGGAGGCGACGUCGGCCGUGUCGGCCCAGGUGGAGGAGCUCGCCAGCAAGUGCUCGGAGAACGCCCGGUUCCUCAGAACAUGGCGGGACCUGCUGAGGGAGGGCUACGAGUCCCUGAAGCCCAGCGGCUGA